AACAUCACGUAGAGAAAAAGCUUAGGAGUUUUCUAAAAGCGAAGACGGAUCGGCAAACAGUGAGCAGAAAAAAAGUGAAAUUCGGCAGUGAAAAUCCAUUCCCAGCGCGCAAUUUCCUGCUGCAAAACGCGUAUCGGUGCCCAUUGGUGACGGCCAGCUAGGAAAUCGAACCCGAGCGAUGGGUAAAUCGAAGAAGAAGUACGAGAGUAGCAGCAGUUCCAGCUCGGAAGCUUCCGAAUCGAGUGACACUUCCAGUUCGGAAGACUUGGAGGUCAAGCGGCGAAGCAAGAAGAAGAAGAGCAGCAGCAGCGGCCGGAAGCACAAGAAGUCCUCCGGGAAGACACACGCCAGCUCCGGAACGGAACCGGAUUCGGCCAGCGAGCAGUCCAGUGACGAUGCUGCGGCCAAGGCGGCGGCAGUGGCCGCGGCCGCCGCCAAGAAGAAACACAAAAAGAACAAGAAGCAGAAGAAGGCCAAGAAGCACAAGAAACAUAAGGUAAGGGCCGACUCCGAGGACGAGAAGCGAGUCCACGUAGAGGAAGAGGAGAAAGAACUGAUCGAGGAGGUGGUUCCGGAGAGGAGACACCGCACCACCUCCUCGGAUGACUACAGAAAGGAAAGGGAUUCGUACGGUGGCCGCAGAGAGCGUUCUCCGGUCGACAGAGACCGCGGCCAGGGACGAGAUCGUGACCGGGAACGGGACCGGGGGGAUCGCUUCAGAACCGGCAGUCAGCAGCAGAAGCACCCCUCCUCAAAGUGGGACAGCCCGGCCGAUGGCGGAGAGUACCGCCGGAAGCGUUCACAUUCCCCCCGAGAGCAAUCGUCCGGCGGUUACAGCAGAUCUGGUCAACGGAGUCACUACGAGGACGCCUAUAGAGGUAAGGCUCCGCGAUCGCCUCCCCCGAGAGAAUCUCCCCCACCGCCUCCGCCAUCUUCGUCACACGGUCGUGGAGAUUACGAUCGAAGCGGCGGGGGAAGGGGUGGAAGAGGCCGGGGCGGAGGUCGGUACGAGGAACGGCACCACUCGCCUCCGCCUCCACCACCGCAACAGCAGGACAGACGCUGGGGAGGGGGCGGGGAUCGGUAUGAGGACGAUCGCAACCGAGGCGGGGAUGAGUUCAGGAAGCCUUCUUCCUCCGGGGGAAGGCGUUUCGAAGGGGAGGAACGACGGUUCGAAGGCGGCCGGAGGGGAGGUCACCAGUUUGCGCCCCAAUCCCAGCCCAGAGAGCGCUAUGACGAUUAUGGAAGCCGUGAUCGGAAUCCGCGGGAUCGCUACCAGCGGCGAGAGGAUUUCGACGAUCGUGGUCCACGCCGACGCAAUUCCUCUCCGAUGGGAGGAGGACCGCCGGCGCGAGGUGGGCGCGAUCGUAGUCCCAUGCAGCAUCCGGAUUUCGGCGGCCGCGGGGACUUUGGUGGUCGCGGAGGCGGUAAUGGCGGCGGUGGCUAUCGUGAUCGUUUCGACGGUCCUCCGGAGCGUGGUCGGUUUGGACGAGGUGGACGCGGUGGCGGUCCGUAUGAUCGCGGCGGCGGUCGUGGAGGACGUGGCGGACGCCGGGGGUUUUCCCACGCGGAAGGCGGUGGCUUCCACUCGGAUCGUGACAUGAGCGGAGGGGACCAUCGUAAGCCUCCGCCUCCGACUGGUUGGGGUAGGAGAUCUCCGCCCCCUUCACCGAGGGGAUCUCCGUCGCGGUCGAGAUCACGCGAUCGCAAUGGUGGCGCCCUAAAUCGCGGCCGGGGAAAACGAGUCAGUUCCCCGCCGCCGCCAUCGGUCAAGAUGGAACGCCGUGACUCGCCACAUUCCCGCAGUCGAAGCCCGGGACGAGGGCCGGCUCCGUUGCCACAGCGCCAGCGCAAGGCCCCCAAGAAGGAGGAGAAGGAAGAGGACGAAGGGGACUACGAGUGGGGUGGCAAACGGAAGCAACCGAAGCGCGAAGCAGGAAGUCGCGCCGGCAGCCAUGACUCUGACGACAAGGGCCCGGAGGAGAAGGAAAAGCCCAACUUUGCCCUAUCCGGCAAGCUAACCGAAGAGGCCAACAAGGUCAACGGCGUGGUCAUCAAGUACGCUGAACCGCCGGAAUCGCGCAAGCCAAAACGCCGCUGGCGUUUGUACCCCUUCAAAGGGUACCAGGCCUUGCCCACGAUGUACAUUCACCGGCAGAGCUGCUACCUGAUCGGGCGCGAUCGCAAGGUUUGUGACCUUCCGAUCGAUCACCCGUCCUGCUCGAAGCAGCACGCCGCCCUCCAGUACCGCUUGGUGCCGUACGAGCGCGAGGACGGAACGGCCGGCAAGAGGGUUCGGCCGUACAUUAUUGACCUGGAAUCGGCCAACGGAACAUUCGUAAAUAACAAGAAGAUCGACACCAAAAAGUACAUCGAGCUUCUUGAGAAGGACGUGCUCAAGUUUGGAUUUAGCUCGCGCGAGUACGUGCUGCUGCAUGAGAACAGUAAGGAGGACGAGGAGGACGAUGAUGUGGUGGAUGAGAAGGGUGGCGGCACAGCUCCCAGUAAUGGAGCUUCGGGCAAUGCUCGGAGCAAGCGGGAACCAAGCGAGUGAAGGCAUGGGAUCAGACUCGAGAUUUGAAUUUUACUUAAAUUGUAGACCACAAAGAAGAAGACGAAAUCAACAUAGGGAGGAAGCAAGAAGCAUCUCCCAUUCUAAGCAUAUUGUCAGCAAGAAAUUUUAGAAGAAGCGCCCCCACUCGUUACUAGUGUGUGUGUGUGUCACUGUAAUAGAUAACUACCAACCAAUAUCAAGAGAGGAAUCCACAAAUAAAAAGUAUUCUAAUCACA